GAGGUUCCGCCCUCGGGGCCCGCCCACCGCUUCCGCCGCCGCAAGGGCCGGGGGCGCGGCCGGGAGGGUCCGCCGGCGGACUGCGGGCCCCACUCCCGCCUCGGCUCCCGCGGCCGCCUCCGCGGGGACACUGGCCCCCGAGGCCGGACAAAGGCGGCCCGCCAUGGCUCUGAGCGCAGACGGCUCCGGCGACAGGGGCGCGGGCGCGCAGGAUCUGGAAUCCCUCGACACCUACAUCCAGAACACACUCUCUGACCUCUACCCACCGUUUGAGGCCACGGCGGCCACGGUGCUCUGGCAGGUGUUCAGCGUGGCUGAGAGGCUCCACGGAGGCGAUGGGCUGCGCUGCCUCACUGACUUCCUCAUCCCUGCCACGAGGGCCCUGCAGCACCUGCAGCAGGAGGCCUGUGCCAGGUACACAGGCCUCAUCUUCUUCCACGAAGGCUGGCCACUGUGCAUCCACGGGAAGGUGGUGGUGCAGCUGGCGUCCCUGCGCGGAGUCAGGCUCAGGCCCGGGGACUUCUACCUGCAGGUCACAUCGGUGGGGAAGCAGUCAGCCAGGCUGGUCUUAAAAUGCCUCUCUCGGCUGGGACGAGGCUCAGAGGAAGUUGCUGUGCCUGAGGCCAUGUAUGGCUGUGUCUUCACAGGAGAGUUCCUGGACCGGGUGAACAGGGAACGCAACAGUGUCCUCUUGAAAAACUGCUUGCUGACCUCAGGCUCUGCUGUCUACCGCACCCCAUGGAGCAACGUCACAGUCCCUGUGUUUGUACCCAUCAGCGGAAGAGUCCUGCCCCACUGCUCCAGCCAUCCCGGGCCUGAGCGGCCACCCAGCAGUGCCUCUGAGGCCCCGGCCCCAGCACCAGCCAUGGCCAGCAACACUCCGACCCUGCCUCACUGCGGGGGGCACAAGGACAGUGACCAGCCCAGCCACCUUCCUUCCCUGAGAAGAGCUGAGUGCAAAAGCCCCGGGACCCUGCCCGGGAGCUCUGAUGUCAGCCCGUGGGAGCCCCGUGCCAGCCCUGAAGGACCAGGAGAGAGACUGGACCCCAUGGACAAGAAGGAUGGCCCCCAGGCUCUCACCUCCCCCGAGGACGCAGGCAGCCUGAGCUCCAGCAGGCAGACGCCUGGGGCUCCUGCCGCUGUGGAGGCCAGACGCUGGUUCAGGAAUUCCUACAUGGAGGCCCUGCAGAACCCCAUGCCCCUGGGCUCCAGCUCCGAGGAGGAGUCCCUCGUGGAUGAUGCCUGCAGCACCCAGAGCAAGAGGGCCACGCCAGGGUCCAGCCAGCCCCAGAAAGAAACCCCCAGCCCCCAGGGAGAACGCCAGGGGAUCCGGAGACGACAGAGCUGUCCCAGAGCCGCUGGGAGGACCCUUCCCAGGAGGUCUCAGUCCUGGGACCGAUCCCUCAAGAGCUACCGAGGUGAUGCCCCACAUUCGGCCAGCACCGGACCUAGAGGUCACCUAGGAGGACAAGCUGUGGGAACCAGAGACUUGGGCUGCAGCCACCCCUCUGGCUGCACCAAGGAGGAAGGCGGUGUCCCCACAGGUGACUGCAGCUCCCGAGGACACGACCCCCGCAGGUCUCCUGACCUGCUUGCUGAGCUGCUGUGUUCCGAGGAUGAGGGACAGCCCCCCAGCACAGGAGACCUGCCCAGGCAGGUGCUGGAGAUCAACUCAGAGCUGCUGCAGUCUGGGGCCGUCACCCUCCCAGGGACCCGAGACCGCCAGGGGAGAGCAGUAGUGCAGGUCUGCACAAGAGGCCCACUCUGGUCCAGCCAACAUAUGUCCAGUGCCGAGCUGACCCUCCUGCUGAAGUACCUCCAUGGCAUCCCCAGGAAGGAGGUGCGGGACCUGGGGCUGGUCAUCCUGGUGGACACACGCAAGAGUCCGGCCAUCCCUGCCCUCUCCCAGGCCCUGGCAGCUCUGCAGAACAUAUCUCCACCCAUAAUUCAUAGUAUUUUGCUGUUGGUGGAUAAAGAUUCCGCAUUCAGGCCUGACAAGGAUGCAGCAAUUCAGUGUGAGGUGGUGGGCUCCCUGAAGGCCCUGCACAAGUUUGUCGACAGCUCCCAGCUGACCGCAGACCUCGAGGGCUCCUUUCCCUACAGCCACAGUGACUGGAUCUGCUUCCGCCGGAAACUGGAGACCUUUGUCACAGACUGCCAGGACGCCAUUGCUUUCUUACAAAAUUUAGUCAGCUCCCUGAGCACCCAGAGGACCCUCAGCACGGCUCAGGAGGUCACAGAGUUAAUCAGUGAGCACAAGGCCAUAAUGAAACGAGUCCUGGAAGAUGCACUGCUGGUCACCCUCCGCCUGGAAGGUGGUACUGUGCUGGCACGGCUAAGGAGGAAAGAGCAAGGGGCCAGUGAAGACAGCCGAGACAGCAUUGAGGCUGCCUCCCAACUGUACAACCAAGUGGAUGAAGAGGUGCACAGGCUGGUCCUCACCUCCAACAGGUGUCUCCAGGAGCUGGAGAGUCUGCGGGAACUGAGGGCACUCCAGGAGGAACGUGAGCAGAUCAAAGCAUGGUUUGAAAGAGAGCACGAGACGUGGCCGAGCCCUUUGGAGCUGCUCCCUGUUGAGAACGUGAAGCUGCUGCAGCCAGAGCUGCGGGCCAGGCACCCCAGGCCGACGCAGUGCCGUCAGGAAGGACGACAGCUGAAGGAAGAGAACAAUUCAAGGGGCACAGAGGACACGGUGCAGGACGCCGGGGGGUAUCUGAGCGCCACAGCCGGCCAGGAGCGGACGGAGGGAGAGCUGGCCCAGCGGGCCCGCCACUCCCAGUUCUGCUUAGCGGUGAACAGGGGGAUGCUGCACGGCGGUGAGUGCCUGCAACCUCUGGGCCCAGAGCUGGUGGCCGAGUGUCUGAAGAGCUGUCCCCAGGAUGCCAGGGGGGUGUCGGCAAGCGUGGCGGUGCUGGGCCUGGGCAGCCAGCAGGCGCUGCAGCAGUGGCACGCCUUGUGGCUACAGUGCCAGCAGAUGCACCUCUGCUCCCAAGAAGCCCUUUUUGAGGCUGCCCUGGGCCCCGGUGCCCCCCCUCCAGACCAGGGGCCCUUGAAGCAUGAGCUCAUCCAAGGGGCCGAGAUGAGGCUCCGCGAGCCAUCCUGGACCCCCCUCAUGGACCCUCAGGGCUACGCUGGGGAGCGGGCACAACUGCUGUCCAGCCUCCCCGGACAGGUCACUUUCUGCGGGCAGGACGGUGAGCACUUGGACUCAGGUGUACACACCCCAGACGACAGUUCCACCUGCUCCUCUGAGCCCAUCCAGAUGCCCAUCAUCCACCACAGGAAACAGCCCCUGAAGAAGAUAAUGAAGAAAACACUCACCUCGGCGAUGACACAGCUUGACAGUAGCCCCAGGGACUCCCACUGGCCAGCCCACACUGGAGGCUUCAUCAAAGGCCUGGAGGUGGCCAGCACGGUGGCCUCAGAGAAGAAGCCCCCCCUGAGGCCACAUGCCAAAAGCCCCCUGGUCACUCGGAACUGGAGCCUGUCCUCUCCCUCCAGGAUCCACGCCUCCGAAGAGGACAGGAGGAGGCCAGCAGGAAGCAGCCGCCUGCAGCACAUAAUGGCCGAGAUGAUCUCCACGGAGAGGGAGUAUGUUAGGUCCUUAGGAUAUGUCGUCGACAACUAUUUUCCAGAGAUGGAAAGAGUGGACCUGCCGCCGGACCUGCGAGGGAAGCGCAGCAUCAUUUUUGGGAACUUGGAGAAGCUCUACAACUUCCACCAACAGCACUUCCUCACAGAGCUGGAGCGCUGCCGGCACUGCCCCUUGGCCGCCGGGCGCGGGUUUCUGAGACACGAAGAACAGUUUGGUAUGUACGCGCUCUACAGCAAGAACAAGCCCCAGUCGGAUGCCCUGCUCUGCAGCCACGGUCUCACCUUCUUCAAGGACAAGCAGCAGGCACUGGGCGACAAGAUGGACCUGGCCUCCUACCUGCUGAAGCCCGUGCAGCGCAUGGGCAAGUACGCCCUGCUGUUGCAGGACCUGGUCAAGGAAGCCGGGCGCUGCCCCACCCACGAGCAGGAGCUGGCGGAGCUGAAGGCCGCCGAGGACAUGGUUCGCUUCCAGCUGCGCCACGGCAACGAUCUGCUGGCCCUGGAUGCUGUUCGCCGCUGCCACGUGAAUUUGAAGGAGCAGGGGCAACUGAGAUGCCGGGAUGAGUUCAUCGUUUACUGUGGAAGAAAGAAGUACCUGAGGCAUGUCUUCCUUUUCGAAGAUCUCAUCUUGUUCAGCAAGACCAGGAAGGUGGACGGAAGCUACGACAUCUACACAUACAAGCAGUCCUUCAAGAUGGCUGAAAUCGGCUUGACAGAGACCGUCGGGGACAGUGGUGUGAAAUUUGAGAUCUGGUUCCGCAGGCGGCGGAAAUCCCAGGACUCCUACAUCCUCCAGGCGAGCUCUCCAGAGGUCAAGGCCAUGUGGACCGAUGUGAUAGGGAAGAUCCUGUGGCGGCAGGUUCUGAGGAACAGAGAACUCAGAAUGCAAGAAAUAGUGUCAAUGGGGCUGGGCAGCACACCGUUCCUGGACAUCAAGCCCAGCGAUGCAGCCCUAAGUGAUCAAGCUGCCGAGUACAACAUGAAUGGAACAGAGUCAAGAGCUCACGCAUCCACAGCUGUGCCCGCCCGUAGCCACCCCACCCCCUUCAAGAGACCGCACUCCACCAUCUCAGACAGCAGCACCUCCUCCUCCAGCAGCCAGUCCUCUGCCGCCCUGCACGUGUCCACCAGCCACGCCCACUGGCCCUGGCCGCACGACGUCCACGCCUGCAUCGAGGAGGACGAGCCGGAGCAGGAGACGGGGAGCCAGCCUGCGCUACGUUCCAAGAGCUUGGAGUCUUCCCAGUGCAAGUCGGGGGACAGCAGCCCUGGCCAACCCGAGCUGUCACAGCCCCUGUUCUCUGAUAAAGGCCCCCAGAGCACAUCUCCCCCCCUUCCACAGAGGGACCUGCAGCCAAAGCUUGACAGAGGCCAGUUCACCACAACCAACAACACCCCUCAGGUCUUCGGCGUCUGGACAGCGGUUUGAGUGGCAGGCAAAACACUCUAUGCUUCCAAAUCGCGAUCGCACAGCCGACAUUGACAGCACCACGAGAGGGCGCACCGGCCAGACAGGGCUGCUCCCCCAUCUUCCCAUCUGACCACCCUCUGUCUGGCUGCCUAAACCCCCUGGCGACCUGCAGACUCAAGAGGCCAGGAUUGGCCGCUCGGAGAGCUCAGGCCUUUGUCCAACAGGAGGGCCAGGCCCUCAGCCCCUACUGCAGAUAGUCUCCCCCAGAGGCCCAGCCAAGGCAUGGAGACUACCCAUCCCGCCCUGCCUCCAGGGUGUCCUCCAGAGCACCCCCUGUCAGCAGUGGCUCAAGGGGACCUGGCACCCUCUCCUGAGAAUGGGGCCUCCCACCUACCCGUGCCCUGUGCCUCGCCAGCAGUUGUCCUCAGACAAGGCUGCCACUCAUUCUGCCCAAUACUCCGUGCGGGAAUUCCAUGCACACACCGAAUCCACGUCGCAGCAGGCACGAGGUGCUGCACGGGCACCACUGCCAUGGGUGGGAGGAGGACUUGGCAGCAGAUUCCUUGGGUGUGAAGCCACUUCCUCCACCAAGAUCUCAGGCCUCGGUGUUCCGGGCGGGCAGUGGGGGAGGCACAAAGGAGUGCAGGAGACAUCUUGGCCUGAGCUCCAUUCUCAGACUCCGGAGAAGAACCCCUGCCCACCCCUCCCGCCAUCCCCACCGCCUCCCACAGUUUCCCUGCACUGACCACCUUCUGUGUGUGUGUGUAGGUCCCAGAGCCACUGACAAGUCUGCAAGUCCAUGUGAAUCCCUUGUGCCUCUAAAAUAGACUCUUCCACAAAACACAUGUGAAAUCAUCUAAGUGAUUUCAGUUCACAUGAGCAGCUGCUGGUGAGACACACAAACUCACACACCCAUUCCAGGAUCAGAAUGGCAAGCGCAGAUGGACACAUUUCAGGGCCAAAACCCUUUCACCCACAGACGCCCUGUGAUGCCAGCUGGGGGCUGCCCAGCAGCCACUCCCAUCCAGGCCCAGACCUGCAGCUCAGACCAGCGCUGCACCUGCCACAGAGAAGUCAGCUCACAGGCUCGUUCAUGGGGCCCUGUCCUUGACCUUGCCUGGCCCCAAGUGCUUCUUAGAAAGUUGUGUCCAUGAGCCCCAAUUGCCUUUUGUGGUGUGAGGACCCCCAUAGAGCCUCAUAGACAAGGACUCAGUGCUCUUACAGACCUGGGGGCUCAAGGCCGGUGGGAGGAGGCCAGGGGAGGUAACAGGGUCAUUCUUUUGACAGCUCUGAGACCUGGAUGGGAUGUGGCUACUCCAGGCAGAGGAACCUCAGCCUGGACCUGUACAUGAGGUCUGAGGAUGAAACACAAGCUGGGCGCUCCUGACACACGACCCCCAGCCACGGGAUUCUCGGUCACAUGCCCCUUGGGACCUACGUCAUUCCCAUCAUGGCACCCCCCGCCCGCACCCAGCCUGUGCAUGGCCAGGCCUCCGCUUCAUCCUUCCUGUAUGGUUCUUCCUCCUCCGUCCAGCACUGACACCCCAUGCGGCCCAGCUUCUCUUACUGUGGUCGGAGCACACAGACCCCCUGUCCCAUGCGGAGGCCCAAACACACGUGGGCCUCAGAGGAGGGUGAGCCCUCUGGGACUGUGUCUCCCCACCUUCCAGGCAAUUCAGGCCGUGGGUGAUGGUCCCCAGGUGGGGUCCCAGAUGCAGGGUGAGUAUAAUGGGAUCCUCAGUCUGUUUCCUGUGUAACAAGUUGUACUUAGUCAGCAGAGCGAUACUAGAGUUAGGCUCAGGGGUCACAGGGGGAGCCUGUGGAGGCUGGGUGGAGGCUGCACCCUGCUUCCCAGGUAGGCGCCAGGGUGGGGCCAGGGCACAGCAGGUGGGCCUGCAGCUCUGAGGAGCCAGUGCUGGAAGUCGGUUGGUGUGGACAUUGCCCGAGAAGACAACCCUCACCAGAUGAGUUGAAUCAGAAGCAGGAAGAGCCUGGGAGACUCCAGACCCGUAAUGAGCUUCCUGCCGCAGACAUCUCACCCCCCACAACCCCACACCCACACCCCAGCCACCACCACCACCACCACAUGGACCUCCAGGACUAGGAGCGGUGGUGGCAGGGGCCACGCCUCUGUGAUUUGCCAGCUGUGGAGACUGUUUUGUUACAUGUUUAGUGCUGACUUGUCCCAAACUUAGGUACAGAA